AUGUCUCAGAACGCCGACCAAGCCGCCCGCGAAGCCGCCAAGGCCCGGCUUGGCACCGAAGCGACCGCCGUCGCUUCGGCCGAGGCCGCGGCCAAGGCUGCCGCACUCGCCGAGGAGCUCCGGGCUGAGGCCGAAAGAACGUCGCCUCCCCCGCCCAAGAGACUGAGCUUCACCAUGGAGCGCUACCUCAGCGAGACACCGGUCCAAGAAGUAUUCAACGGCAUCAAUAAGUGA